UUCCCCACCUUGGCGAAGUGGUCAGCUCGAGCUUCGCUACACCCCUCUAUCAGGUCCCCCUUUCUCCUACCUGCUAGAUAAUCCCAGACCUCGCCCACACUGCAAAUACUCAGCAGGUUCCAAAUCCCUUUGAAUCUGACCCAACCACGGCAGAAUAUCUCACCAUACCCAUCCUCAAUGAACUUGUCCAACGUGUCGAGGAGGACCCGAACAACGAAGACGCUGUGAAAGCAAUGACAUCCGGCUUUCUCUCUUAUUACUUUCCUAUUGACCAGGGGUUUAUAGUCGCACCUACGUCAACGGGCAGCAAGUGCUCUCCAGGCUGUGAAUACAUCAUCCGUCAAAUCCAGCCACAUUCUUCCGAGGGUCGCAAGAUCGUCGGACACGUCGUGGUUAGAUCGGAAGUGGAUGAUUCACUUCAGGGUCGUAUCAAUCGACUUCAGCAAUCCAUUCAGCACCGAGCUCUAGGGGUGGAAGGUUGUUGGGCAGUAUUGGUUCACUAUCUGGUCGAUCGCAGGAGCAGCAUGCCUUUCAUGUACGCAGAGAUAGUGUUCAAAUUGAACAAGUGUUGAAGCAUUUGGCACUACAUGAUACGCCUACGCGGUGAGACAGUGGGGCAUGGACGAGUACAGUCUGACAGCCCCGAAGGGCAUGAUCAUA